CACUUGCCUUUCUUCCUUUUUUUUUUCCUUUCUGCCAAAGCUCCUUACCUGCCCAAAGAAAAAAACCCUUUUUUUUUGCUCGGUGGCCUCUUCUUCUUCGCAGGAAACGGCGGCUGGAAAUACUGGGUAACCGCAGCGGCAAUCUGGACGACUCCUCAGCGGCGGCUUGGGUCAGCGGCUACACCUUCUCCAAACGGCGACAAAUCUGCGGACGGCGACAGCUCUCUGGCAGGACGACGGUGGGUACUCGGCGAGCGGUCGGACGACACCUGCUUGCAGACGGCGGUUGACGGCUGGACGGAGGGCGGCGGCACCUUCUCAACCCGGCGGCAGUCUCGCUCGACAGAAUCACUUCUCCUUCAGCGACGGCGCCGUCCGGUUGUGGGACGAUUCCUCCGCGGGGGCGCCUGGACGGAUCAGCAACUGCUCCUGCGCGGCUGACGGCGGCAGCGGCUUCUUCUCAGAUCUGUAGCACACCCAGAUCCAAAAACCCUAUGUGACAAAUUUUCUCACAAUUUGUGCUCGUGUUGAACAACCAAGUCUCUGAUACCACUUGUUGGGAAUUAAAACACACAACACACACAAAUAUUUGCGAGAAACGAGAGAAACGGAACACAAACGACACACAAGAAUUUAACGUGGUUCGGUUUCCCUAAUCCACGGCUGCAACAAGAGGAUUUUCUUAUUUCACUUAUGGUGUCUCAGAUUACAAAAUACAAGCCCUCUAUAUAUAGGGAAAAGCUAGGGCUACGCACAACUGGGCCGGGCCGACAAACAAGCCUCCACAAAGCCCAACAUAUCAUAUAUGCUUCUUUAAUCACUCGUUUCCAUUCCCAUGCCUAGCUUCAAGAAAACCAACAGUAGCAGCCAUUGAUGGUCUUGCUCUAGGUGGAGGACUCGAACUUGCAAUGGUUUGCCAUGCCCGUAUUUCUACUCCACAUGCACAACUUGGCUUACCGGAGCUCCCACUUGGUAUAAUUCCUGGGUUUGGAGGCACACAGCGGCUUCCACGCCUUGUUGGUCUUGCUAAGGGCUUAGAGAUGAUGCUUACAUCAAAGCCCGUUAAAGGACAGGAAGCCUUGAAUUUGGGUCUUGUAGAUGCUGUUGUCUCACCCAAUGAACUAUUGGAUGCUGCACGUCAUUGGGUUCUUGAAAUCUUUGAACGGCGCAAACCUUGGGUUAUAAGUCUCUAUAGGACAGACAGAAUAGAACCACUUGCGGAUGCCAAGGAGAUCCUAAAGUUUGCUCGAGCUCAGGCCCGUAAGCAAGCUCCAAAUCUUAACCAUCCAUUAGUCUGCAUUGAUGUUGUUGAAGAGGGUAUAGUGUCUGGUCCACGUGCUGGCCUUUGGAAGGAGGCAGAAGCAUUUCAAGAGCUUCUAUAUUCGGACACGUGCAAGGCCUUGGUACACAUUUUUUUUGCCCUACGUGGAACCAAAAAGGUUCCUGGUGCAACUGACCAAGGGUUGGCACCAAGAAAAAUGAAGAAGGUUGGAAUUCUGGGAGGGGGUCUAAUGGGCUCUGGUAUCGCAACAGCUUUUCUUCUCUGUAACUAUCCUGUAAUUUUGAAGGAAGUUAAUGAGAAAUUUCUGCAAGCUGGAAUUGGUAGAGUAAGAGCCAAUUUGCAAAGUCGAGUGAAGAAGGGGAAAAUGAGUCAAGAGAAGUUUGAAAAAACUUUCUCCCUACUAAAAGGUGUCCUAGACUACGAAAGCUUUAGAGAUGUGGAUUUGGUCAUUGAGGCUGUUAUCGAGGACGUAAAUCUAAAGCAGAACAUAUUUGCUGAUCUUGAGAAGUAUUGUCCUCCGCAUUGCAUACUUGCGAGCAAUACAUCCACCAUUGACUUGAACUUAAUUGGAGAGAAAACCAGAUCACAUGACCGUAUCAUUGGUGCCCACUUUUUCAGCCCAGCUCAUGUGAUGCCACUUUUGGAAGUUGUUCGCACUCAAAAAACGUCUUGUCAAGCUAUUGUCGACCUACUAGAUGUUGGGAAAAAUAUAAAGAAAACCCCUGUGGUUGUGGGUAAUUGCACUGGUUUUGCUGUCAACAGGAUGUUCUUUCCUUACACUGAAGCUGCACUCUUGCUCGUGGAACGGGGUACAGAUGUCUACAAAAUAGAUAAAGCAAUUACCAAAUUUGGAAUGCCCAUGGGCCCUUUUAGAUUGUGCGACCUUGUUGGCUUUGGCGUUGUAAUUGCAACUAGAGGUCAAUACAUGAUGAGCUUUCCAGAAAGAACUUAUAAAUCGAUGUUGAUACCACUCAUGCAAGAAGACAAAAGGGGAGGUGAAUCUAAUGGAAGAGGUUUUUAUAUUUAUGAUGAAAGGCGCAAAGCCAGCCCAGAUCCUGAAAUAAAGAAAUACAUUGACGAGUCAAGGGAGAUGUCUGGCGUUACCAUUGACCCUAAGUUGACAAAACUCUCGGAUAAGGACAUUGUGGAGAUGACGUUUUUGCCGGUUGUAAACGAAGCCUGUAGAGUACUUGCUGAAGGCAUUGCAAUCAAAGCGGCUGAUUUAGACAUAGCUUCUGUCAUGGGCAUGGGUUUCCCACCUUACAGAGGAGGCAUCCUGUUUUGGGCAGACACCCUUGGAUCAAAGUACAUUUACUCGAAGCUGAAUGAUUGGUCAAAGAUCUAUGGAGGUUUAUUUGAGCCAUGUUCUUACUUGGCUGAAAGAGCUGCCAAGGCUGCCCCUCUUAAUUUAGAAAUGGAAACAGGGAGAUCCCGGUUGUGAGAUCAGUCUCGCUUUUGUGUGCUUUAUCCCGAGGAAAUGUGCAAGUGCUGUUUGAUAACAUUGAAGAGGAAAAUUAAUACUACAAGAACCAUUAAUGCAAUGUUUUAAUUUGGUCUGGAAGUUUAUUUGUUUGUACAAUAUAUCCGAACACAACCUACAAUAAUUCUGAAUGAAUGGAACUGUACGAGUAAUAAAGUAAAGAGUAUAGCAUGAAGUUUCCUACACUAAAGAAAAAUGUGCACUAUUC